AUGACUACACCAACUUCGUCAUCUUCUAAAGCCGAAGUUGAAAGUUUUCAAAGGACCGGGAAAGACGGUAGUGUUACGUUACACUAUCCAAUGCUCACGAAGAUAAACUACGCGGUGUGGGCCAUAAAAAUGCGAGUGAAUUUACAAGCACAAGGAGUAUGGGAAGUAAUUAAAAAUGCAAAAACGGAUGAACGUAAAGAUCGGAUGGCUCUUGCGGCUAUUUAUCAAGCAAUUCCAGAGGACAUACUUCUGAUGUUAGCUGAGAAGUACACAACUAAAGAAGCAUGGGAAACGCUUAAUAUGAUGCACAUGGGAGCCGAUCGGGUAAAGGAGGCUAAAGCUCAAACCUUGAGAAGUGACUUCGAGGUGAUCCAGAUGAAAGACAGUGAAUCGGUAUAUGAUUUUUCAAUGAGAUUGAAUACUAUCGUAACUGGUAUUCGAUCUCUAGGUGAAAAGAUCGAAGAAAUUACAGUUAUGAAGAAGUUUCUGCGAGCCGUACCGAUACGAUUUAUACAAAUCGUAACAUCUAUCGAGCAAUUCGGAGAUUUGAAGAAUAUGACGGUGGAAGAAGUUAUGGGUCGUCUUAAGACCCAUGAAGAGAGACUUCGAAGCUAUGGAGAAAAAGAAGGAGGACCUUCUUUAUUGCUUACACAUACCAAUUGGGCAUCUCGUUCGAAGCAAACUGGUGAGAGAAACUCGUCAAACAGUUUAAGGGGACGAGGAGGACAUGGUAACCGAGGCUGGGGACAAGGUCGAGGUCGUGGACGUGGCCAAGGAGGUGGUCGCGAGUACAAUACAAAUCGGAAUGACCAUAAUCCUUCUCGAAAGGAUAAAAAUAAAAUCAAAUGUUUUACUUGUGAACAAUUUGGUCAUUAUGCAUUGGAGUGUCCAAAGAAGAAUCGAGGUGAGGAGGCGAACCUCACUCAAGCCAACUAA